AUGUUCGUAUUAGCUACUCUUCUUAUCUGUUUGAUAACAUUAAUAAUCGUGUAUUUAUGGACAAUUAAAUCUCGCUAUUCUUAUUUCGAACAACGCGGUAUUCCUUGUCCUCCGUUUCGUUUUUUCUUCGGUCAUUCCAAAACUAUUUGGUCAACUCCUCGAAAAACUGAUCAAUUGCAAAAAUGGACUCGUCAAUUUGGAUCAAUUUAUGGUUUAUACAAAGGCAGUCGUCCAGUAUACAUUGUUUCCGAUGCUGAUUUUCUUCAAGAAGUAUUCACUAAACAAUUUUCAUCAUUUCAUUCACGACAUCUACCAUUCGUUCUGCGACAAGUAAGCAAAAACAAACCUAGUUUAUUCGGUGCCAUCGGAACGAUCUGGCAUCGUCAACGACAGGUUAUUAAUCCAGCAUUUACAUCAGCGAAACUAAAAUUGAUGACACCGAUGGUUCAUGAUUGUGUUGAUUCUUUACUGAAAAAACUAGCAGAAUAUUGCGAAAAAGGAGAACAACUAGAGAUUUACAUGCUCUACAAACGAUUGACGAUGGACGUGAUCUGUCAUUCUGUAUUCGGUGUCAAUACAGAUAUACAGAACGAUAUUGACAAUGAAUAUUUUAAGAAAGCCGAGGAAACUGUAGCAUACGACUUCGAUAAAAAUCCUUUGGUCCGAUUAAGUCAAUUAAUGCCGUGGCUUAUUCCAUUACUUACUUAUGUGAUGACUAGACAAAUAUUACUGCAACGUUUCGCAAACAAAUUCAUACGAAGUAUUGAAGAGAUACCUCGGUUUUGGCUUAUCGAACGUCUCAAAUAUUUAAUCGAUGUACGCACAUCAUCUUCUGAUAAAGAAGGUAAGAACCGACGAGUCGAUCUUCUUCAAUUGAUGCUCGAUGUUGCCACGAGAAAUGAAAUCAUGGAUCAUACUGAUGUUGCUGUCAUGUCAAAAUUCCUUCAUUAUGACGAGGUAAGUCAUAAUAUGUUAACAUUUAUGGUCGCUGGCUAUGAAACAACAGCAACAACACUUGGUUAUAGUACAUACAUUUUGGCUAAAGAACCCCUCGUUCAAAAGAAACUACAAGAUGAAUUAGAUAAUUAUGAUGAAAACAAGAAUGAAUAUGAUCAAGUUCACAGUAUGAUCUAUCUCGAUUGGUUCAUACGUGAAGUUUUACGAAUGUUUCCUGCAGCACCUCAAGUCACCACAAGAGAAUGCAAUAGGACUACCGUUGUUUGUGGUCAUACUAUAGAUGAAGGUAGUGUCAUUCAAGCGGAUGUGUUGUCUGUUCACUAUAAUCCUGAUUUAUGGGGUCCUGAAGAUCCAAAUAUAUUCUUACCUGAACGACACUCAACUCCAAGACAUCCUGCUGCUUAUUUACCAUUUGGUAUAGGUCCUCGUAAUUGUAUUGGAAAACGAUUUGCUUUAAUGGAAACUAAAUUGUGUCUCGCACGUCUACUUCGACAAUAUUCGAUCUAUCCCAGUGAUCAAAUGGAAGAAAAAUUCGAACUAGAAGAUACAAGUUUUAUUCUUCAUCCAAAAAGUGUUUAUGUGAAAAUUGUAAAACGCUCAUAA